UCGGGAAUACAGUAUUAGUCAACAAACUUGUUAUCAGUGUUAGAUGCAAACAAAGUCAAACAUAUUUUUACUUCGAUUCAAAGUCACAGAGCAUUGAAAUGCACGAUUUACUAAUAAAUGUCGCCAAAGAGGAUGAUGUCGUUCAGAUUGUCCACCUGCUUAUUGACCACUUAUUGGAAUUACCAAAAUCUGCCCUCACCCGAUCCAAACUGGCAUCCGCUCUGAAGAUAGUCAACGCAUCGUCGGAAGAUCUCACCGUUACGCUUCGGUUGCUGGACAAUCUCAUCCGGCAGUACUGCCUCGGGGAGAUCAACGAAUCCGAACUGAAGUCUCACUUUUCCAAUCUGAGCUCGUCGAUGCAAACCGCUCUGGUACACUCGGUGGAACUACGGAAGCCGGAGAUUUGCCAGUUUCUCGUUAACAAAAUCAAUUCCAAGGACAAUCUGCUGAUGGAAUCGUUUGAUUGGGACGUAAAGUGGAUCAUGGGGAACAGCAGUUUGGCUUCGACGAGGGAGCAGAUCGCUACCGUAAUGUUGAAUUGUCGAGACAAGGAUCAGAAGCUGAAAACGGUGCGUUUCGAGAUGAAUCGGGAACGGUUGGCCGAUAUGAUCGAAGUGUUGGAAAAGUGCGAUGGAAUGGAUGUUGAUAAAUAAAAUCAGAAAUAGA